CAAACGCCCUCAGCACAGAGACUGGAGCAUGCCGCCGGCGAAAACCUGAAAUAUUGAUACAAAUCGUGAAUUAUUGAAAUAUUAGUUGGAAUCUAACGACAACAAAGCAUACCGAAUCAAAAAUACUUAAUACUGAUUGUGCUAUCACAAGCUGGUAAACCAAGGAGAGUCACGGAGUGCGCAAGCAGUGUUCAGGCCCUGGGCCCAGCGUGCUAGACAGUUUUAUUCCAUUACUGUUAGUAUCGCAGAAGAGACUGUAUGUAAAAAGCACAGUGAAAGACAUCGGAGGAAUACCUGAGCCCCCAGAAAGAAGCAUGAAUUUAAAUGACUUCGUGGUGCUUCCUAACAACAAGGCCAAAUCCAUCAAGCUCAAUGCCAGGUAAGGAACCUGCAAGAACUGCAGAUGGAGACCGUGACCCUGGCCCAGGAGAGUAAAGAGAUGGAGGAGAAACUGCAGCAGCUGAAAGAGAGCAUGACUAAAGAGAAGGAGGAGAGAGGGCAUUCUGGAGGGUUUAGGUGGAAGUCUGGACAAUGUGGUUCGUUAAACAGCAAUGCUUCAACAAACUGCACCAAGCAGAACCAGGAGAACAGACUCCAAAAGCUGUCAGCAGGCAAGGUGAAGAUCCGAGUGCUGAAGGAUGAACCACUGACAGCUCUACCUCAGCCACCGCCUCCACCUCCACCCCCUACCACUGGUCUUCAGACAACAAAAAAAAACAGGCUGAGGGGAACAUACUGUGGACAAUGUGAAGUCAAGACUGCUGGACUGAUGUGUGCUGAAUGCACAGAGAAUUACUGCAUUGGCUGCUUUACCAGAUUCCACCAGAAGGGGGCACUGAAACUCCACAGAAUGAUCCCCAUUCAGACAGACUUACAGACCCAUGUGAGUGCUCGAGAUGUUGUCAGCUGCUUCCAGAAACAGAUUAAGCCUGGCUCCUAUCCCAGGACCUUUACAAAUCCUAAUCCCAGUCCCAAUUCCAAACCCAACCCCGAUCGCACCUUCAUUUCCACUGCAAUCACCAGACGAGGAGAUCAGUGCCCACAAAAAGAAACAGCGGCUGUGCCAAAAUCUAAGGUGUUGGCUGUGAAUCAUGGAGAGGAGAAAAAGGUGGAAAUGAGUGAAGAGGGGCCGGAAAGGGAGGAUGAGAGGGGGUUUCCCACUUCUCUUCUUAGAGGGGUGUACAGUGAAAAAGAGUCCGCCCAGUCUUUCCAGGAGGCUCUCAGACAGUGGAGAGGAGAGAAGCGUGACGGAGCAUGCAUGACUGAGGAUGCAAUGUGGACACCUUUCCAACCAGUAUCAGUUUCAGCUAUGGCUACCCAGGCUGACCUUGCUCCAGACAGAGAAGGUGAAGGACGAGGAAGAGGAGGAGGAGAAGGCAGGGUACCUGUCAGGGUGGAGUUCACAGAAAACAGCCUUACCUACAUGGACAGAUUGCUUCUCAAGAAGCACCGCAGAACACCAUUUGAAACGUAUCGUCCGUCAUUGGCCUUUGGUACAGAUAAGUCACUACCUAAGACUGAGGAGGAGACUGUAAGCAGCUUAACAGCUCAGGAGGAGGAUUUUCGUCUCUACUGUGCAUCGUUGUUUGCUGUCCCUGUCAGCAUGGGCAGGACUGAGCCUCAGAUUACUACACCUGAAUCGUGCCUCAUCAUAGAAGUCCUGGAUGAGACAGACAGAGAUGUGCGUGAAGUUUUUGUUGCUGAAAAGAAGACGGACAACAACAGAAAGGUGCCCUCUUUUCAGCGGGUCUUCAGUAAGAGAAGAACAGUGGUACCCCAAACAGCCUUAACCAGUGGUGGGUCCUCAAGAGUGAGCCGCUCCACUCCCAGUCCAACACAACCAUCCAGGCAGGCUAGACCACCAACACAGCCCAAAGCAGCUCAGAAGCUCCAUCUAUCUAAGCCUCUGACUUCACAAGCAGGACCCUCAAUUAAAACUUCAUCCUCGAAUAUUAAGCCAUCAGCAUGCCCCACUGCUGAGGCUCCAAGGACUUUAAAGACAUCAAUCAAGACACCAUCCUCAACACCACAAAAGCCUGAUAGCUCCCCAACUGUCCAUAAAUCAAAACCUGACUGUGGAUCACCACGACUUUUGUCCUCUCCCUCGUUACCACAUUCACAAACUGAGAUCUCUAAAUCCUCCCACGCCCAAUUCUUGUUUCUGCAUGAUGUUUCUCCUUCGGCUAGCACCAGAUCGCUAAUCCCAGAAGAGCAUCCUUCCCCUUUUCCAUCCAUAUCCUUCCCUCUUAGGUCUACAUUCACAGUCUCACCAUCAAGCUCCACUGAGUCAACCUUAUUGCCCAAAGUUUACCAAUCAACCCCAUUACAAAAAGGCUCAACCUCAUCUCUGUUACCAGAACAACUCCAAUCUUCCCAGUCAUUCCCAGAACCAAAUUCAUCAAUGAAGCUUUCUUAUUCACCCCAAAGCAAUCUGGAGUCCCAAAGUCAAUCCCAACAUUCCUUCCAUGACCCAGAGUCUUUCCUAUUGGAUAAUCAACUCCAGCAGCCUCUGUCAUCAGUGUCUUCCAGUUUAAACUCACCACCAAAAUCUCUGGAACCAAGUCCACCUGUAAAAACCCUGUCCAGUUCAUCUCUAUUUAUCGAGUCCCCUUCAGAUGCAUAUUCUAAACAUAGGUCAGCUCCAAUUAAUGAGGAUGCUCCAUUUUUUAUGUCUUCUACCCCCAUCGCUGGUGACCAUGAAUCAACUCUGUUACAUCAGGAUACGCAGUAUAUCCCAUCACAUCUCUUAAAUGUCAUCCAAAGUCCUCCUUCAGCUUUGGAAAUGGCAGAGGAAGAGGAGCUAUCAAUAGACAGUGGAGAUGAAAUGUCCAGUGAUAGCCUGGGUCUGGGUCCACACGAAGAAAACUCUUCAGACCAAGAAGCACAGGUUCAUUGGCGUUUAACAAGAGGGAGAUCCAAUGAAGAAGAGCAAGGCAAUCCUGCCAUAACUGAUCAAGAAGAUUCCUUUGUUCCUGCAGAUGCAGAGAGAGAAAAUGAUUUUCAGAUUGAUGAGCAAGAACAGCUGUCAGAACCGAUCAUGGUGAUGCACAAGCCGAGUGCUGGGUCUGGAUCAGAGCAGUUCUGUGAUCUGGAUGGGUUUCCCCCUCUGGGUUUGGACAUGACUUCUGGUCUCUCCGAUACACCAGAACACACACACUGUGACUCACAGCACACAAGGCAGACUUCACUGUAUGAUUCAGAGCCAACAGGGUCAGAGGGUUAUGGGCCAAGCAGAAGCCUCAGUGCCUACACUGAGGAACACCUGGUUUUCAACCACACGCAGCCAACUAAAAUUCAAAUUCACUCAACCACACCCACCAGGAGAGUAGAAAUAUCAGCAACUGAACUAGGAACAUCUGGGUCUAAUCUGUCUGACAAAUCCACACCAACUCGGUCUCAACCUCUAAGGAGGGUGCCUGUUGCCUGCUGCCUGUCCGGUCCAAUGCACAGCUCAGAAUUGGGUCCAGCGUGUCGUCCGUUGUCCCGGGCAGCCCAGGAGAUCAUGGAGAUCUGCAGUGUGGACCAGACAGGCUGUGAGGACCCUGAUCUGGACACUGAAACAACUGCACACACACUCCGCGGUCUGGAGCAGGAACUCAGACUCAUGGCCAAUGAAACAUGGAAACAGGCUUCAGUAUUUGGUACGGGAUACAGUGGAAGUCAAGAUCAGCAUGGAUAUCAUUGUUUUACACGGGGCAGAGUCAGCGAGGAACAAAAGGAUGAGGAGGCGGCUGCACAGAGAGACCUGCAGAGUGUCCUCUUACUACCCUGAGAUAUUCACACGCGCACACACAGACACACACACAUACAUGCACAUAAACAUGCCGCACACCUGCUUGUUAAAUAAAGCAAAAUCAGAAGACAUGCACACAUUAAUAGAUGUCUAUGAGACAAUAGCCCAAGCAAAAACACACGACGAAUGUAAUUUAAAUUGUGUUCACGUGGUACAGAUGCCCUUAAGACUAAAUCUGCAGUUCAGCUCUUGUUGUGCAACUAGAUGAAAAUAAAAAUCUAAUGGUUUGAAAAAAAACUGCUGAAUAUUAAUUAAAGGUUGUUUUGAUUUGUC